AUGUACAUCGCCACAGAAGCUAACCGUAAACAAGCACACGACCGCAAGAGCGCAUACAUGGCGUUAUCUGUGGAGAAGUGGGUGGGGUUCGGGUCGGCCAUGGCUGGCGUCGGCUUGCUUUGGUCCAGGAUGCCAGAGCACUUCCAUGAGGAGGCUAGGUACAUCAUCAGUAGCUUGGUCCCCAUGGCGAUGUCCUACUUCAACCCCUACGAGCAGGUCAUCGUCCCCGAGUACGGCGACGAGCGGUUCCGCCGGAACAAGCUGUUCGACGCCGUCUCCACCUACAUGAGCAGCGUGCGCUUGGAGGGUGCAAGCAGGCUCAAGGCCGAGCUCAGCUACAGCAGCAAAGACGACCCGGUUAUCAGUCUGGACGAGAACCAGGAGGUCGCCGACAGCUUCGACGGUGCCCGCGUGUGGUGGAGGUUGUGCCCCAAGGCCUCCAAGAACCGGGGGAGCACCAUCAUAACCCUCCAUGGCCGCGACGCGGACGAAGAGCCACGGUGCUACAGGCUGGUGUUCCACAAGCGCCACCGCCAGCUCGUUCUCAGCAAGUACCUGCCCAGCAUCAUCCAGCAGUGGCGCGUGCUAAUCGCCGAGAACAAAAAGAGGCAACUGUUCACGAACCACAUCGUAAACGGGAGGCCCACGUGGAGCAAUGUGCCAUACAAUCCGUCGGCGACGUUCGACCAUCUCGCCAUGGACCACGCGAAGAAAGUUGAGAUCAUAAACGAUCUUACAGCGUUCAAGAUGGGGCAGGACUACUACUCCAAGGUCGGCAAGGCGUGGAAGCGAGGCUACCUUCUGUACGGGCCACCGGGCACGGGAAAGUCUACCAUGAUCGGAGCUAUGGCCGACUUCCUCGACUACGACGUCUACGACCUCGACCUAACAUCGAUCAACGGCAACGCCGACCUGCGGAAGCUCUUCCUUGAGACGACGGACAAGUCCAUCAUCGUUAUUGAGGACAUCGACGCGAUCGAUGUUGAACUCUCCACCAAGCGGAAGGAGGGCAAGGCAGCCAACGGCGGUGAGGGAAACGAUAACCAUGUUCUGAUAAAGGUGUGCGAUAAGGAAAUCGGAAAAAGCAAAGUGACCCUCUCGGGGCUGCUUAACAUCAUGGACGGGCUGUGGUCCGCGUGCGGCAGCGAGCGGAUCUUCGUGUUCACGACGAACCACGUCGACCAGCUCGACCCGGCGCUGAUCCGCAGCGGGAGGAUGGACAAGCUCAUCGAGCUGUCCUACUGCCGGUCCGAGGCCUUCAAGAUGCUCGCCAAGACCUACCUGGAGAUUGACGACCACUCACUAUUCGGUGAAAUCGGUCGACUGCUCGACGAGACCAACACGACUCCGGCAGAAGUAGCCGAUAGCCUCAUGCUGCGGCGCGAGAGUAACGAUGAAAUCGGUCGAGUGCUCGACGAAAUCGGCGGGGCACCGGCAGACGUGGCUGAUAAUCUCAUGCUGCGGUGGAAGAGGAAGAGGGCCGCGGACGAAUGCUUGGAAAGUUUACGGGAAACACUGAAGAAGGCAAAGAUGGAGUCCGCAACACCACCUAUAUGAAUUCAAUGGAAGAGGUGAACAAGGUUGACUAGGGGUCGGAUAUAUGAUGAGGGAUGCUAGGUCUUUGCAUGUGUGUGUUGUGGGAAAUUUCCAGCUUGGCCUGCUGUAAUAUCAGUUAUAUGCUCUAAAUCCAUUAUUUCACGCUCUAGAAUAUAAUUCGA